GAAUAGAUAUGAAGCUGCAUUUCUAAGUCCUACAUAUUCCAAGUAGCAACACGGUUUCCCCAAACAGAAUGAUCGCUAUAGAUGCUCUCAAAGAUAAAUGAAUAGCAAUAUAAAAUUGUCAGACUAUGCUGUUGAGCUAACCAGUCGUGCCGAUAACUGUGAAUGCUAUAAAUGAUCUUUUAAAACGAGGGUAAACUAGAGGCAAGAUGACGAACAGAGCUGGAGAGUGAUUCGAACUGUCAUACAGACGAACUUCAGUAGUAGCUUGAUCGUAAUCAUUUUAUCCAACCAAAUCUUGUGCGGUAAAAAGAAUCAUGUUCGAAAGAGGAGAGAGUAGCCGCUAUUUGUUCGCCGUUUAUUUCAUCGCUUUGAACGUCAUCGUCACCCACACUUUAGCUCGCUUUCAAACGCCAAGCGCAGCAAAAUUCAAUUCGGGGGCUUUGUGGAAGGGGACCCCGGAAGUACGAUUCAACAAUAACAACAAUUGGUUUGCUAUCUGCGCAGACUCUAGAUGGAAUAUCGAAGUAGCAAGAGCAGUAUGUUAUCAUCGAGGAUUUAGCGGAGUUAUGCUUGUGGAUACGACUUCAUUAAAUCAGCCAAUAAGACAUGCAUCAUGUGUUCCAGAUUAUUCAUCAUCUCCCCCGUUAUCCUGUCAAGAAAAUACAACCAACACUUGCUCUCAAGUACCAAGGGUUUCAUGUUUUUUACCUGGUUACAAGGGAUGUUAUAGAAGCACAGAUGAUAAUCCUUACUUCACCAUCACUCCUCCUCAACUAUUCGAACAAACCCUUCAGGAUUGUGGUCGCGAUUGUUAUUCAUUGGGUCAUCAAUUAUUCAGUGUGACCGGAUCUAGAUGUCGCUGUUCAGAUAGCAAUGAACCUUCAGAAGGAGAAGAGUUAGGAACGAUAGCAUGUCAAACACGAUGUCAAGGAGAUCCCGAUCAAAUAUGUGGUGGAACCAAUGCUGUGAGCGUUUAUGAAGCUUCCCUUGGCGAGUGUGAUCUCCAUCGCAUAAUUGAAGACGGUGGUAUGGUACACUUCACAUCUCUGGUAUGUACACUUCAUUUUUUUUCUUUCAUUUUUUUAACCCUCCACAUAAAUUGGCAUAGCAUCCUUUACAUCUUAUUCUCUUUUCUUUUUAAUAUAUGUCUUCCCUUCAAUUCACUUUCCAUAGACAUCGCAUUAAAGGAGAAGUUCACCCUGACAAAAAGUUCAUUGUAAAAAUAGCAGAAAAAAAUAUCCCCAAGGUUUGAGAAAAAUCCGUCAAAGAAUAUACAAGUUAGAAUAAUUAUUUGAUUUAUGACGUAAUAAGCGAGCAGCUUUCCUUCUUACCGAAUAGUAAAAAAUCAUUGAAAUGCCAUUUUCACAGAAAUUUAAAAUGUGUUUACAGUGUACCUUCAGUAUAUCAAUAGACAUAUCAUUUUACGCCCGUUCC